AUGCUUGUCCCAAUGCUAAAAGAUGCUACCCAAACCAAGUCUCUGAGAUCCGGUGGCGGUGGCUUUGGCGGUGGUUCACUUGGCACCUUUGCCGAACGUGCAGUCAUCAACGAUAUUAAGGGCAAGCAGCUCGGUUUCGGCCAGAAGCCCGAUUACAUCACAGUGAAGGGAACGGUGAGUUUCAUUAAGCACGACACUGGUAUGUACUACCAGGCGUGCCCAAAAUGCCAGAAGAAGGUUGUGGCUGACGUGGCACAAAACUACACGUGUGAGAAAUGCCAAACUUCCUACAACACUUGCGAGAACCGCUAUAUUCUUUCGGUCAUGAUGCUGGACCACACAGGCAGCACAUGGACGACGUGCUUCAAUGACCAAGCUAAGGUGGUGAUGAACGGCCGUACCGCCGAUGAGAUCGGUGAACUUCGUGACACGAACCUGGCACGGUUUGAGUCGACUUUCAAGGAAGCGCUGUUCAAGCAAUACGUAUGCCGACUUCGUGUGAAAGCUGAAAAUGUACAAGAGGAACUUCGAGUCAAGGCGGGUGUUGUGAGCCUGGAGCCUCUCAACUUCAUGCCAGAGUUACUGUUGCUUUCAGCAAAAUUUCAAUGCUCAAAGAGAAUAAACGUCGUGAACGAGGUUGCCGACGAAAACAAGAAUGUACAGUUUGGUCUAGGUGUCAAGAUCCGUGCUGACCGCCCGGGCGCCAGAUACUAUCGCUUCUGUCUGCAAGUUAAAUACACAUUAUCCAGAACAAAAGUCGUUGUGCUUGAGCCCAAGUCUAGGAAGGGGAGGUACAUUAUCGCUGUGACGAUGCUGGAUCAGCCGACAGCAGUGCCAGUGCACGCGCAGACGCACACCCGACGCCGCGAUCGAGACAGCGACACGGACAGUACUGGGUCUGAAGAAACUAACCCUGUGCGACUGAGCAAGGCUCGCAUCGUCCGUGUACACCGCGCUAUAAACGAUUACAUGCAGGACAUGAUCAAGGAAGGGCUACUCGUUACUAUUUUGAAGUACGUCGAGCAAGGCAUACCUGUGCACGUUACUGGAUACAGCAUGGGAGGGAUGCUUGGCCAGAUUAUGAUGUUGUAUUUGGGCGAUCAUGCGCGGAUGAAUGGCUGGGACGCAAGCAAGAUUAAUUUCGUAGGCUUUGGCUGUCCCCGUGUGGGUGACAUUGGUUUCGCUGCUCGGCUGCGCGUACUCUUCGACCCGCAGCAAUUGCUAAUCAUUAUGCACCCAUCCGACACAGUGCAUGCCUUUCCGCCCACAGCUGAGGGAUACGCGGACGCUUGCAUCAAGAUCUUUCUCCGCGAGCACGGGAUGGGUGUUGGUCGACGCACACCGGGGCAUUUCUCGCUUCUUCCUGUCACAAAAUCUAUCGAUCGCGCUUUCGAGCAUGCACACAAGGCCCGCGCACACGACAAGACAAACAAACCUGCGUGCUCGUUUUGUCAAAACAAGUCACAUGUUGCAGCUCAGCACAGGUGUCGCUACUGUAUCGAACGUGGAUCACACCGUGGUGCUGACUACCCAAACCGCAACAAACCAUGCCGAUUGUGCGGCAAUGGCAAUCAUUGCACGGGCGGACACAAGUGCCGCGUUUGCCAGCAGUACGGUCACCGUGGACGUGAGUGUCACGCGCAACGCGAUGUGGGUUUUGCUGAGUUGCUCACCUAUUUUCGCUACCAUCACUUCCUGUACUACAACGCGAAUCUCAAAAAGUCUGUUGAGUUUACGUCGUGA